AUGGGUGUCCAUGGAAUGAAUGAUGAAUACACAUGUGAGGGCGCUGCUGCCGAUGGCCAUGUCGAGUGCCUCAAAUAUGCUCAUGAAAAUGGCUGUCCCUGGGGCAACGGCACAUGCGAAGCUUCUGCUACCUAUGGCCAUUUCGAAUGCCUCAAAUAUGCCCAUGAAAACGGCUGUCCAUGGGAUGAAAACACAUGCUGGGUUGCUGCUUGGAAGGGCCAUUUGGGGUGCCUCAAAUAUGCUCAUGAAAACGGCUGUCCAUGGAAUCAAAGUGUAUGCUGCUAUGCUGCUAUCACAGGCCAUUUGGAAGUGCUCAAAUAUGCCAUUGAGAAUGGGUGUCCAGGGGACAUAGAUUAUCUACUCGGCGUUGGAACUUCACAGAUCAAGGCUUGGAUUCAAGACUUCAAAACCCAGAGCAAUGCCUGAGGUUACUCCAGUCGGUUUUCUUCCAAGAUUUGUGGAGAGAGACGAGUCAUGUUGGGGUAAAGUGUUGGGUUCAAGAAAUGUUGUCCCAUAUGGUUUUCUUGAGGUUCUUGUACUUCGUGUCAGCAGGAUGCAUAGUUUUAGUGUUAGCUUCACCUCUUCUGGCUGGCUAGUACCACUUUGCAACUCAUGUGACUGCUGUGUGCUUCCCCCCUACAUCUCACGGCCUGCAGGUCCUGGCUGUGGGGCAAGCUGGAUGAACAGCCUGGGCUGCUCUCCUGCGAACUCAUCGAUGACAUACCAGUAUACCGGUAGUAUUUUCUAAGUGUCUAAGCUAUUCUACGCAAUUUGGCUCGUCCGGUUUGGGUCCGCUCCCAGCUUCUCCCUCGUUCUACCAAACUAUAACCUGGCUGCCGUGCUAGCUAAGCGAUGAACCUCGGAUGAACUCGACUAAACAUUCACGGAGGGAGGAUCCUUUCGCCACUUUUCAUUUUGUCGAGAUACGAAGUCGUCCACAUCAAAUGAAUUGGGCCGUUUGUUGAACGUUUCCACUGUGGCAAAUUCGCGGUCACACAGAUACGAGUCAAGGACACUCUGGACAAUCUUCCGUCCUUCCUCAUCUUCCAGCCCGUUGUUCAAAAUGUCACAUCGUACCAGUGUCAGGUCCUUGGACUCUGCAUAAUCAUCAAACACAGAAAAAGUCAACAAUGGUUGUGCUGUCGUGGGAGUUGCGGGGGAGAGUGUGAGCUGGUUGGAGGCGUUACACGAAAAACUGCGUAUAGAUUUUGUCAUUUUGGCACGAACCUGCAGAUGGAUCCAUCUUGUAAUCAUCCAAAAGCGCCAUGAAGAAAUAAGAAGGGUCCUGAAAUUGAGAUAUCAUCAUGAAGAAUCCGUCGUCUCGAAAGAUUGGCUGCACGAAAAAGGGACUUGGUUGAUAAGAUCAUCGCCACGGUAUGAGACGGCAAGGAAAGUGGCUCGGUCAGAAGACAAGAGGUUACGUUUUAUCAAAAUGAAAUCUCCAAGUGCUCACCAUGAGUUCGCUCUAGAGAGUAUAUUUUUUGCAUCUUCUCCCUUGUAAGUCAGGCCAUGGACACUAUCCUGGAAACGAUGUACGGAAAGACGCGAGAGAAAGUCGUGAUCAGGUAUCCAAAGAUAUCAGCAAUCUCGGUACCCGUUUUGUUCUCCAGCAAAUCUUUCUUCAUGAUUUCGUCAAGUGCACGAGGGCCAGCAAAGCUAAACGAGAGGUAUCUCUUGGACGGAGAAAGGUUCGGUCUCCCUCCAACCCGAGCAGAUAACAGUGCUGUUCCCAUGGUUGGUUUUAUCUUGCCGAGGACACGUUGAGCUAGCAUUGUCGGGCAACUUCAGAAGGAUAGAUAGGUGAGGACGUUUGUAAUACAACAAUAUCGAUGAAGCAGAAGCAAAUGGACCGAAAUGGUAACUGACUUCGGAUCUUCGAAUUCAGUACUUUCCCUCGUUUAUGUGUGUAUUUAGUAUUGGCAUGAUGUCAUACCGCAUGAUGACAACCUAAUUCUAUUUGAUCGCUCUGAAUACCGGUACCGUGAAAGCUUUAACGCACCUACUACCAUUUUAAAAUAGUAGUACGGUAACAACGCAACGAGCGGACCACUGACAACCCACCUUUCAGGAACUCGAUGGCCGCGAUGAAGCCCCUCCAAACUCCAAAGAUAGGAAUGGUUCAACUCUAGCUAGUAGUACCGAUAACUAACUAACUAACUAACUAACUAGCUAGCUAGCUAGAUAUCA